AUGAGAGGAAAACGCUCAAAAGCUUAUCGAAAGUUGAUGUCACAAUACAAUAUUUCUUUUGGCUUUCGAGAACCAUACCAAGUCCUGGUGGAUGCCGAAAUACUGAAGGAUUCUGACAGAUUUAAAAUGGAUCUUGUCGGUAGUCUCGAGCGAACACUUCAGGGCCAAGUAAAGCCCAUGAUAACCCAAUGCUCCAUCCGCCACCUAUACGCCCUGUCCGGAAGCGAGUUUCCCGAGAAAGAUCAAAUCAUAGACCUCGCAAAGCGCUUUGAGCGCCGUCGCUGCAAUCACCACGAAUUGGAGCAGCCCCUCUCGGAAAAAGAGUGCCUGGAAGCAGUCAUCAUUCACGGUGGCGAGAACAAGCAUCGAUAUUGUGUUGCUGCUCAAGAAGGGGGCAUUAGAACAAUGCUAAGGGCUGUCCCAGGAGUCCCAUUAAUCUACAUCAAUCGUUCAGUGAUGAUUAUGGAACCGAUGGCGCCGAUUUCUGCUAUGAAAAGGGAGCGAGGAGAGAGGGAGAAGUUUAGAACUGGUAUUGUGGAUACGAGGCCCAAGGCUUGUGCUAAGAGGAAGAGUGUGAAGAAAAAAAUUAUGCCGAAGCCCGCUGCACCAAAGCCAGAAGCCAGCACGCCGAAGUCUGGAGCUAGUAAACCUGUUGGGUGUGGGGAGUCUACGAAUGGGGCGGACAACAAAGAAAAGAAGAAGCGAAGGAGAAAGCACAGGAGCGCGAAGAUAGAUGGGGUGCCAGUAGGGGCCAAGCGUGGAUUAGAAUUAUAAGCUUGAUUGAGUCCGUUCGGUCGGGUUUUCCAAAGGGCUCUGCGUCUGUACAUAAUAUAUAAAUUUCUAUAAUCCAUGUGAAGCUGCACCGGUACUUGUAUAUAAUAUCAUACGCCCAAAGGCUUAUUUGUUUGCUGCGGGAUUCACACCAACCGCAGCGGUCAACCUGUGUCCGAAUUCUCGAAGGAAAAAACAGUGAGAGCAUCCAGUGAAUAGUCUGCCCAGAACUGACUAUAUUCAUAAUAUUAUUUUAUUUAUUUUAUACCCUGACAUCCAGUAAAAUUAAGCAAAUGAGCUCUCACAGUCUUGGCGCAUCUCAGGCGAAACAACAGCGGGCGUUACAGAGCGUCAUUCCAUCGGCCGUUCGACUGGAGUUCAUGCGCCCUGCGGAGGUAACAGAUAUACAAUUUCCACAAGGAACUGUUGGCCUGAUACAAAACUGUUCGCCCCUACUUGUACACUCCCUUCAAACUAUCCCAUCCGCCGUCACCAUUUUUCCCGUCCGGUGGAAGUUACAACCCUUCACUUGACUAGCAUAACCAUUUCCAGGCUCCACACUCCCCUAAACCCACCCCCCUGUGGCCAUGGAGCCCCAGCAACAGCAACCGCAGGGCACCGUGCCCGUUCACCGCUCUCGCGCCGAUCUGUCUAUGACUUCUCUCACCUCUUCCACACCGACACCACUACAGCAGCAGCCCACUGCCUCCACCACAACAAACACUUCCCCUCCACCACCCCAUUUACCUCCUCCGACGCCAACCGCUCCUCAUUAUCCAUACCAACAACCGUUCUACCAUCAAUCCUCCCCACCCCCUCCGCAUCCCACUCUUCCGCCGGUGUACUCAUCCUACCAAUCUUCCCAGUCUCCGGCACUUCCUCGGGUUUCUCCCGUCGGGGAAUAUCGCCCCUCAUCCCAGCAUUCCCAUCACUCUCAAUCCCCUGUGGCAGCGGACCAAUUUCGUCAACCUCAUUCUCCAACGCAGCAGUUUCACCACCCUCAACAACACCAUAGGACUGGUUCGAUGAGUUCACAGUACCCGUCUCAGUCUCCGCAACAGUCAAAAAUGCAGCUCUCAUAUCAAUUCCCCCAGCCUAACCAAUACCAAGCUCAGUCGCCUACUCAACCUCAGAGCUAUUAUCUUCCCCGACCAAGCCUGUCCCCCGUACACCCUGUUGUUCAGUCGCCGCAUGGGUCCACCCAACCUAGGGCCUCUCCACCAGGCUCCCACCAGCCUCAUGGACAUUCUGUGUCAAUGUCACAAGUCUCGCAACAGCCCAGACAUGAUCAACCGGCGCCCAUAUCGAUACCUACUCCAGCCGCUGGCGGCGCUCAAAAGCAGCCGUCGCCCAAUCCGCUCCCAGUGAACCAAAUUCCUCCCGGAGGCGCACCAGCACGGCGAUAUCUGAAUGAUAAUGUUACACCGACGCUACUUGAGGGUAUGAAAAUGCUAGCAAGAGUGCAGCCCAAGGACCCAUUGCUGGCACUAGCAAAGUUCCUAGAGGAGCAGCAUAAGGAAAUGGAAGAAAAGGCGAAGGUCAAGAUUGAAGGAGGUAAUGGGAGCCUCUAGUAGACCCGUGAAUCCAAAAGCGAGUGAGAUCUGAUGGAGGGUUUUUCGAUGGCGAUGAAUCAUCUUUUUACGAUACUUGGGGGCACUUUCUAUGGGCGGGCACUUGUAUGAUAAAUGAUAGGUGAAAAAGGAAAAAAAAAAGUUUUUUCAUG